AUGACGUCGCGCACAUCCCCGGCUCGUUGCAAGAUGGAGCCGAUCCGCACUGGACGGAGCUUUUGCUGUGGACGGAGUGACGAGGACCAGAAGCCGUGUCUGCUGGAGAUCCACCGGCGGGUGCACACGGGAGAACGCCCCUUCGACUGCUCGGAGUGCGGCAAGAGCUUCACCAGCUCCAAUAUCCUGGUACAGCACAACUUCGUGCACUCCAGCGAGAGGCCAUUCACCUGCUCCGAAUGCGGCAAGAGCUUCAAGAUGGCGAAUCAGCUGAAGAAGCACUGGCAGAUGCACACGGGUGAGAAGCCCUAUUGCUGCUCCACCUGCGGCAAGAGCUUUUCCCAGUCAUCGGCGUUGUGGAGGCACAAGCGGGUGCACAGCAGUGAGCGGCCCUUCACCUGCUCCAACUGCGGCAAAGGCUUCAAGUUGUCCAAGCAACUGAAGAUGCACAGGCGCCUGCACACUGGAGAGCGGCCCUACACCUGCGCCCUGUGCGGCAAGGGCUUCACCCAGUCCCAUAACCUGCUGGUGCACCAGCACACCCACUCCGGCGAGCGUCCGUACACCUGCGCCCAGUGUGGCAAGGGCUUCACCCAGUCUAGUAACCUGCUGUCCCACCAGCGGGUGCACACCGGGGAGCGCCCCUUCAUCUGCGACCAGUGCGGCAAGGGCUUCACCUGUUCCAGCAACCUGCUGUCCCACCAGCGCACCCACACCGGCGAGCGCCCCUACACCUGUGCCCAGUGCGGCAAGGGCUUCAUCCAGUCUGGUCACCUGCUGUCCCACCAGCGCACCCACACCGGCGAGCGUCCCUACACCUGCGCCCAGUGCGGCAAGGGCUUCACCAAGUCUAGCCACCUGCUGGUGCACCAGCGCACCCACACCGGCAAGCGCCCCUUCACCUGCGACCAGUGCGGCAAGGGCUUCACCUGUUCCAGCAACCUGCUGUCCCACCAGCGCACCCACACCGGCGAGCGCCCCUACACCUGCUCCCAGUGCGGCAAGGGCUUCACCAGUUCCAGCAACCUGCUGUCCCACCAGCGCACCCACACUGGCGAGCGGCCCUACACCUGCGCCCAGUGCGGCAAGGGCUUCACCCGCUCCUCCCAUCUGCUGUCCCACCAGCGGGUGCACGCUGGCGACCGUCCCUACAGGUGCGACGUAUGUGGCAAGGCCUGGCAGAGCCCGAGCAAGCUGGAGGCCCACCGGCUGGUGCACACGGGAGAACGCCCCUUCAACUGCAGAGAGUGCGGCAAGAGCUUCAAGAGGGCGGAUGUGCUGAAGGCCCACCAGCGGGUGCACACGGGCGAGAAGCCCUAUGGCUGCUCCACAUGCGGCGAGAGCUUUACCCAGUUGUCGGGGCUGCGGGAGCACCAGCGGGUGCACAGCAGUGAGCGGCCCUUCACCUGCUCCGACUGCGGCAAAGGCUUCAAGUCAUCCAAGGAUCUGAAGGUGCAUAGGCGCGUGCACACCGGGGAGCGCCCCUACACAUGCAGCGACUGUGGGAAGGGCUUCACCCAGUCCAGCGGCCUACUGGCGCACCAGCGCACCCACACCGGCGAGCUCCCCUACACCUGCGCCCAGUGCGGCAAGGGCUUCACCCACUCCAGCAACUUCCUGAGGCACCAGCGCACCCACACCGGCGAGUGUCCCUACACCUGCGCCCAGUGUGGCAAGGGAUUCACCCAGUCUAGUCACCUGCUGGUGCACCAGCGCACCCACACCGGGGAGCGCCCCUUCACCUGCGCCCAGUGCGGCAAGGGCUUCACCCGAUCUGACCGGCUGCUGGAGCACCAGCGCACCCACACUGGCGAGCGUCCCUACACCUGUGCCCAGUGUGGCAAGGGCUUCACCCAGUCCAGCAACCUGCUGCAACACCAGCGUACCCACGCCGGCGAGCAUACCUACACCUGCACCCAGUGCGGCAAGGGCUUCACCCGCUCCUCCAAGCUGCUGUCCCACCAGCGGGUGCACGCCGGAGAACGCCCCUUCAACUGCUCGGACUGUGGCAAGAGCUUCAAGACGGCGAUGGUCCUGGAGACCCACCGGCGGGUGCACACGGGCGAGAAGCCCUACACCUGCACCGACUGCGGCAAGGGCUUCACCCACUCCAGCAGCCUGCUGAAGCACCAGCGCACCCACACCGGCGAGCGCCCCUACACCUGUGCCCAGUGCGGCAAGGGCUUCACCCGCUCUGACUCUCUGCAGAAGCACCAGCGCACCCACACUGGCGAGCGCCCCUACACCUGUGCCCAGUGCGGCAAGGGCUUCAUCCACUCCAGCAGCCUGCUGAAGCACCAGCGCACCCACACCGGUGAGCGCCCCUACACCUGUGCCCAGCGCGGCAAGGGCUUCACCUGCUCCUCCAACCUGCUGAUGCACAAGCGCACCCACACCGGCGAGCGCCCCUACACCUGUGCCCAGUGCAGCAAGGGCUUCACCUGCUCCUUCAGCCUGCUGAUGCACAAGCGCACCCACACCGGUGAGCGCCACUACACCUGUGCCCAGUGCGGCAAGGACUUCACCCGCUCUGACUCUCUGCAGAAGCACCAGCGCACCCACACCGGCGAGCGCCCCUACACCUGUGCCCAGUGCGGCAAGGGCUUCACCUGCUCCUCCAACCUGCUGAUGCACAAGCGCACCCACACCGGCGAGCGCCCCUACACCUGUGCCCAGUGCGGCAAGGGCUUCAUCCACUCC